AUGAAUCUCACAAGCAACCAAAUUGGAGGUACAUUUGCAAAUUUGACAUUGGAAUUUUCAUAUUUCCCUAAACUACAUCUAAGUUCGAAUACGUUGGAAGGUCCAAUUCCCUCAGUUCUAUCAAAAGCCUCAUAUCUGGAUCUCUCUUAUAAUAAACUUUCAGGGUCAAUUUCGUUCUUGUGUUCAAGUGAAACUAUUCCUUUAAGCUUUCUUGACCUCUCAAACAACAAUGUUUCUCGACAAGUUCCAAAUUGCUUGACACAUUGGGAAAAUCUAGUCAUGCUUGAUUUGAGUUACAAUGCUUUGUCCGGGAAAAUUCCUACAACAAUAGGCUCCAUAUUUCGGAUUAAAACACUCAAAUUAAGAAGCAAUAAAUUUGUGGGACAAUUGCCUUCGUCGUUGAAGAAUUGCACAAGUUUAGACGUCGUUGAUGUUGGGGAUAAUAAAUUAUCCGGACCGAUACCUGAAUGGUUAGGGGUUAGCUUAAAGAAUUUGGUUAUCCUGAUGCUUUCGUCUAAUUACUUCAAUGGAAGCUUGCCCUCACAAAUAUGCCAUCUAACACACAUUCAAAGUUUGGAUUUCUCCAUGAACAUCAUCUCUGGAAGCAUACCCAAAUGCUUCAACAAUUUAACUAAUUUGGCUCAGAAAGGAAAUUCAAAUCUAACCAGCACACAUACUUAUAGUAUAAGUACUGAUAAGUAUAGCAUUAGUGAUAUGAUUUAUGAGGAUGAUGCAACCUUCAUGUGGAAAGGAAGAAUACAGACAUACAAAAGUACUUUGGGGCUUGUGAAGAGAAUUGAUCUGUCAAGCAAUAAAUUAACAGGGGAGAUUCCAAGUGAAAUCACUCAUUUUGUUGGGUUGGUUUCUUUAAACCUGUCGGGAAACCAAUUAACAGGUCAAAUCACUCCAGAGAUUGGAAACUUGCAGUCACUGGAUGCCCUUGAUUUGUCAAGAAACCAGAUAGAAGGAAGAAUUCCAACAAGCCUUUCGCAGAUCCAUCGUCUUAGUCUCUCGGGCUUGUCAUUUAACAAUUUAUCUGGCAAAAUUCCCAUCGGGACUCAGCUCCAAAGCUUUGAUACCUCUGUUUAUGCUGGAAAUCCUCAACUCUGUGGACCUCCACUUAAAAAGAUUUGUGCUGAUCAAAAUGUGCAUACAGACUUGAGCAAUCGAGAGGAUGAUAAGGAUGAGCUUAUAACACUAGGAUUUUAA